AGAUAGCAUGUCUAAGACUGCGUUUUCCUCAUUACUGAUGGCAAUAGUAGAGUCACAGGCUGUUCUGGAAAACAUCAGCAUCACCAAUGGCUUGAUCUUCACUCUCAGCUCCAGAUGACUUGUACUGUUGUUCAUAAGAAUGUUGUCUGUUACUGAAAAUGGAGAUGUUACUGCUGGAAAACCAAAUGAAGAGAAAACAUAUAAAAAGACUGCAUCCUCAGCUAUUAAAGGUGCUAUCCAGCUGGGAAUAGGAUACACGGUAGGAAACCUUACAUCAAAACCAGACAGAGAUGUUCUUAUGCAAGACUUCUAUGUAGUGGAAAGUGUCUUCCUACCAAGUGAAGGGAGCAAUCUUACCCCUGCUCAUCAUUACCCUGACUUCAGAUUUAAGACGUAUGCACCUCUUGCCUUCCGCUAUUUCAGAGAACUUUUUGGUAUCAAGCCUGAUGAUUAUUUGUACUCAAUCUGCAGUGAGCCUUUAAUUGAAUUAUCCAACCCAGGUGCCAGUGGGUCCUUAUUUUUUGUAACUAGAGAUGACGAGUUCAUCAUCAAAACAGUUCAACACAAAGAGGCUGAGUUUCUUCAGAAGCUCUUGCCAGGUUAUUAUAUGAAUCUGAACCAGAAUCCAAGGACUCUUCUACCUAAAUUUUAUGGGCUGUACUGCGUUCAGUCAGGAGGCAUUAAUAUUAGAAUUGUUGUCAUGAACAAUGUUUUGCCACGAGCCUUGAAAAUGCAUCUCACAUACGACUUGAAAGGCUCCACAUACAAACGGAGAGCAUCAAGAAAAGAGAGGGAGAAGUCCAACCCUACAUUCAAAGACUUGGAUUUCUUGCAAGAUAUACAUGAAGGGUUGUAUUUUGACUCUGAAAUGCACAGUGCACUAAUGAAAACACUACAGCGGGACUGUCGAGUUCUAGAAAGUUUUAAGAUCAUGGAUUACAGUCUGCUACUGGGAAUCCACAUACUGAACAGUGACAUGAAGGAAAAAGAGGAAGAGGGUUCUCAAAGUGCAGCAGACACAAAACGUCAUGGAGGGCAGAAAGUUCUCUAUUCCACAGCUAUGGAGUCUAUACAGGGCCCUGGGAAGUCGGGGGACUCUGUCACCACAGAGACAACAAACACAAUGGGAGGUAUUCCUGCAAAAAACCAUAAAGGAGAAAAGCUGCUUCUAUUUAUGGGUAUUAUUGAUAUUCUCCAGUCUUAUAGGUUAAUGAAGAAGCUGGAACAUUCUUGGAAAGCUCUUGUUUAUGAUGGGGACACUGUUUCAGUUCACCGACCAAGUUUUUAUGCAGACAGAUUUUUAAAGUUUAUGAGCACAAGGGUUUUCAAGAAAGUCCAAGUUUCCCCCUCUGCCGCGGUCCGAAAGGGGGAAGGGGCCGUGGCACAGCACGGGUUCAGGAGACAAGCUUUAAAGUCUUCACCUUCAAAGAAACGGUGCAAUUCCAUCACAGCUCUAAAGGCAGCAUCACAAGAAGUAGUGUGUGCAGUUAGCCAGGAGUGGAAGGAUGGAAAGUGUGGCAUUCUUGCUGAAGGACAAAGCUGUGCUAGCCUUGAUGAAGAAGUACUAGGUUCACACCACCGUCCAGAUCUAGUGCCAAGCACUCUAUCUCUGUUUGAAGCAGCUUCCUUGGCAACCACAAUUUCUUCUUCUUCCUUGGAUGUAGAUGAGCAUUAUCAACGUGAUCAACCUAUGCUCUAUUCUAGCAGUAAAGGGUUACCUUCAAGUUCAACAUUCACUUUGGAAGACAGUGCCAUCUAUUUGACUUCAGAACAGAGCACAUUGGAAAUGGAAAAUGAUAAUGCUUCAGUUUUGGAUGUCUACUUAUAAAAAGAAUAUGCGAAGAGUAAAACUAAGAGAAGUGACUAUGGUUAAUGAAGAGCACCUUCUGCACUCCUCAUUUAAGAAGGAGAAAUUUGCUGAGCCUAAUAGACAAAGAGUAAUAAUCAACUGAACUUAUUGUAAGAAGUGUCAGGAUCUUUGAACCACAGAAAGGAUUGAUGGACUUGGAAAAAAAUGACAUGAUACAUUCCACAUUCUGCUGUCAUCUGCUGUUGCUGAACUGUGAAGAACUGUGUAUUAAGGCUGCUUUCUACUAUAUUGCCAAUCACCUUUUUUGGACUUGGAAGUAAUAUUUUCUUAUCGGGUCUCUAGUGGUUUCAUUUGCAUGCAUUCUGUAACUAUGCACAAGCAAAAUCUAUUAUCUGCUUUACCUAUUUAAGAAUAAGCACAAUUAUGAAUAAAAUUAAUUUCAUUUGUUUUGACCUUUCAGUUCUAAUCUCUUAAGUCCACAUCAGUGGAAUUUGGAACUGAUAUCACAAGAAUUAGGGUAAACCUCUGAACAUACUAUAUGAAAAUGAGCCUCUAAAUAUACUUUUGCUGUUCAUAAAAAGGAGAAAAAAAUGUUAUUUAUAACAAGGCCUUAUGUUGUGUAAAUAUGUUGCCUUUGAAAUAUUUUUGAUUUUGGUUUAUUUCUUGUAAAAGAGAAAUUCUAUAAUUUAUUUAGUAAGUGCUACUGUGAACUAUAGUUUUAUUGAUGAAUAAAAUAUUUUGUUCUAAAGACUAA